AUGGGCUCUCGCCGUCCUCCUCCUACCACCCUAGUAUUUGUGCUGCUGCUAUGCCUCUACUAUGCGCCGCGCCGGGCCUUCUCACUCUUCUUCGACCUCAACUUCUCCAACCAAAGAGACGGUUCAUCCAUCGCCGUCGACGGCGAUGCACUCGUCAGCACGUCGUGGCUGGAGCUGACAAAGAACACGCGUGAUGAAAACAUUCAGAGCAGCGUCGGCCGGGCAUGGUACGACCACAAAGUGCCGCUGUGGAGCAGCGCCACCGGCGAGAUGGCUAGCUUCACCACCACCUUCUCCUUCCGAAUCACCCCGGACAAGGACAGCCUGCCGCUGACAGGCGACGGGAUGGCCUUCUUCCUCGGGAGUUUCCCUUCGGUGCGCCCGCCCCGGAGUGCCGGCGGCGGCCUCGGCCUCCUCCCGACCGACACUAAUGGGACAGGGGACGGCCGAAUCGUGGCCGUCGAGUUCGACACUUUCUACAACUCCCAAUAUCGUGACAUCAACGGGAACCAUGUCGGCAUCGACAUCAACUCUGUAAACUCCACGGCGUCCACGAGCACGGCGAGACCGGGCAAGAACCUCACGUCGCUCCAUGUUAUGAAAGCCACCGUCAAGUACCAGAAUGACUCCAAGAUGCUGGCCGUUGGUCUCCUCAUCGAUGAUGCCUUCUACCAGGUCAGUACAACCGUCGAUCUGAGAAAAUACUUACCGGAGGAGGUCUCCGUCGGUUUCUCCGCGGCCACUGGCGAAGUCGUCGAGCUGCACCAGAUACUGUCAUGGUCAUUCAGCUCCACGCUUGAAUCUCCACCUGCCGAACCCCCUCUCCCAAUUCAAACCAGCAGCCGCAACAUCCACAAUAAGUUGGUACCGAUCCUAGCAUCUGUCCUAGUUCCUCUGCUUUUUUUGUUGGUCUGUGCGACCGCAGUGUUGGGAUGGCGGCGACACAAGAAAAGAAGAGCAAAUGAGGACAGCGAAGAAGAGUGUGACGACAGAGCUGACCUCGAGAGAGGUGUGGCUGCCGGAGGCCCCCGACGGUACAUGUACCACGAGCUGGUCACCGCAACGAGUAACUUCGCCGAGGAGGAGAAGCUCGGGCGAGGCGGCUUCGGGAGCGUUUACCGGGGUCACCUCACGCUCACACCCGUAGCUGCUGUCGGUGGUGACCAAGACCGCCGUGCGGUGGCGGUGAAGGUCUUGUCAGCGGAGUCGUCGGCGCAAGGGAGGAAGGAGUUCAAGGCAGAGGUGAGGAUCAUCAGCAGACUGAAGCAUCGCAACCUUGUGCAGCUGCUGGGUUGGUGCGACAGCCGCAAGGGGCUCCUCCUUGUCUACGAGCUCGUCGCGGAGAGCAGCCUCGACAAGCACCUCUACAGCAAGGACGGCACGUAUCUAACAUGGCCACAGAGGUACAACAUCAUCCUCGGUCUGGGGUCGGCGCUGCGCUACCUCCACGGAGAGUGGGAGCAAUGCAUCGUCCACGGCGACAUCAAACCGAGCAACAUCAUGCUCGACUCAUCGCUCAGCACCAAGCUCGGGGACUUCGGGUUGGCCCGGCUCAUUGACCACGGCGCCGGGUCAAUGCAGACCACCAAGGCCGUGCUAGGCACCGUCGGGUACAUCGACCCAGAGUUCGUCAACACGCGCCGCCCUAGCACCAAGUCGGAUGUCUACAGUUUCGGCAUCGUCCUCCUAGAGAUCACCUCUGGCCGACGGCCGGUGAUGGAGACCCCGGAGAGGUCUUUCACACUGCUCAGCUGGGUUUGGGGCCUGUAUGGGAGGAAUGCGAUCCUUGACGCGGCGGACGAGCGGUUGAGGGGUGACGAGGCUGAUGCUCGAUGGAUGGAGCGGGUGCUCGUCGUCGGGCUCUGGUGUGCACACCCAGACCAGGGCGAGCGGCCGUCCAUCGCGCAGGCCAUGCACGUCCUGCAGUCCGACGAGAUGAGGCUGCCGGCGCUGCCGCUGCACAUGUACAGGACUGUGCCGGACCCCGCGUCGUCUGGCCCGUACGGGUCUUUCUCCGUUGACAGCUUGGGUUCCAGUUGCGUUCGCUCUUCUUCGGUCAGCAUCGGCAACAUCACCCAUUUCUCUGAGUCGUCCUCGACUGCGUUGCUAUGA